UGGGAGAUUGAAACAUCGGGUUCUUUUUCGAUGUAAAGAUCUACACGAUGGCCGUCGGCAAGAACAAGGGUCUCUCCAAAGGAGGCAAAAAAGGGCUCAAGAAGAAGAUCGUAGAUCCCUUCACCCGCAAAGAUUGGUAUGAUGUGAAGGCACCAUCAAUGUUUACUGUUCGCCAAGUCGGCAAGACUUUGGUAAACAGAACCCAGGGAACGAAGAUUGCCUCGGAAGGUCUCAGACACCGAGUGUUUGAAGUUUCUUUGGCCGACUUGCAAAGUGACAAUGAUGCUGAAAGAUCUUUCAGAAAAUUCAGACUCAUUGCAGAAGAUGUGCAAGGACGUAAUGUUCUUACCAACUUCCAUGGCAUGGAUCUCACUACCGAUAAGUUGAGAUCUAUGGUCAAGAAAUGGCAGACUCUUAUCGAAGCUGUCGUAGAUGUUAAGACCACUGAUGGAUACAGUUUACGUUUAUUCUGUAUUGGUUUCACAAACAAGGACCCUCAGUCCUCAAGAAAAACCUGCUACGCCCAACACUCACAGGUACGUAACAUCAGGAGAAAAAUGGUAGAGAUCAUCACCGAUGAUGUCUCCAAGAGCGAUCUUAAAGGAGUUGUCAGCAAGCUCCUUCCUGAUGCCAUGGCUAAGGAUAUUGAAAAAGCCACUCAAGGUAUCUACCCACUCCACGACGUGUACAUCCGUAAAGUCAAGGUAUUGAAGAAGCCACGAUUUGAACUUAGCAAAUUGCUUGAGCUCCAUGGAGAUGGCAGUAGCAAAGGAGGAGAAGUUAGUGAGUCUGGUACCAAAGUAGACCGACCAGAAGGUUAUGAACCACCAGUACAAGAAUCUGUUUAAGUGAAUGGGUGACAAAUAGGAAAAAAAAUUGUAACGUUUUACAAUCUUGUAAAAAAUAAAAAAAAAUUGUUUUUAUUAAAAACGCCAA